UUACAGGGCACUUCCAAGCAUGGUUUAUGGCUGCGGUCCGACAAAAAUAUCUCUGUUAUUGUGGCUUAUUUAGAUGCUGAUUGGGCAGGAUGCCCUGACAGCUCUCGUUCCACCACAGGUUAUGCUGUUUUCCUAGGCACGAAUCUUAUUUCGUGGCGAUCCAAGAAGCAACCGACAGUUUCAAAAUCUUCCACUGAAGCUGAAUACAGGGCCAUAGCUUACACUGUUCAGGAUACCUUAUUUAUUCGGUCUCUUCUUGUGGAUAUGGGGAUCUUAAUUUCGGCUCCUGUUCAAUUGCAUUGUGACAAUGUCUCUGCCUCCUACCUAGCUGUCAACCCCAUUCAGCAUGACCGCAGCAAACACAUAAAGAUUGACUACCAUUUUGUUCGUGAAAGAGUAGCUCAUGGAGAUCUCACUGUUAAAUAUGUUCCCACACAGUUCCAGCUCGCUGAUAUUUUUACUAAUAAUUUAUCUAGUCAGCGUUUUGAGUUUUUACGUUCCAAUCUGCGCGUUGUAUCCCCUGCACAGAUUGAGGGGGUGUAAUAAUGUAUUAGUGUGGGUUUAUUAUGUAAUUUUCCUAAACAUUGUUUUAAUAUAAAUACAUGCUCAGGGCUCCCAGUAGGGUAAGCCAUUAUUC